AUGCCAGGAGAAAGAGUUUUACUUACCGGAGCAUCCGGCUUCAUUGCCCAGCACAUUACAGACGUUCUGCUCUCUAAGGGUUACAGAGUCUUGGGAACCACUAGAAGACAGGAACAGGCCGACCAAUUGACUCAACAAUUCACGGCAGAGUACCCGAAGAUCGCUGAGGACAAGUCCCUGUUGCAAUUCCAUUUGGUCCCUGACAUCGGUACCGACAAUGCUUUCGAUGAAGUCUUGAAGCAGAACCCGGAUAUAGAUUUCGUCCUGCAUACUGCUUCCCCCUUCUACUUUGGUGACGACAGACCUUUGAAGGAGGUUUAUUUACACCCUGCUGUUGGUGGAACCGAGAACAUUUUGAACGCUAUCCAAAAGUACGCUUCAGACAAUAUCAAGAAGGUAGUGGUCACAUCUUCGUUUGCUAGUGUUGUCAACAUGGACAAGUUCAAGGAUAAACGUUUCAUUCACAAUGAAGACACUUGGAAUCCUCUUACUUGGGAGCAGGCCGAAGUAGAAGGAGAGACUUCUGCUUAUAGAGCCUCUAAGAAAUACGCAGAAUUGGCUGCUUGGGAUUUCGUCAAGAAGGAGUCGCCAAAGUUCAGUUUGACUACCAUCCUCCCCCCAUUUGUCUUUGGUCCUCAGAAGUUUUCUUCUAGCGCAGCCAAAGGCACAUUGAACACUUCAGCCGAAAUUGUUAACAAGUUCCUUUCCACUGAGUAUCCAUCAGAUGACAAGUUUUUUGAUGCUCCAACCCACUUGUCUGUUGAUGUUAGAGAUGUGGCUCUUUACCAUGUUUUGCCCUUAGAGAUUAAUGCUCUGGCUAACAAGAGGUUAUUCACUGUCCAGAGCAAGUUCUCUGGUCAAAGAAUAUUGAAUAUUCUGAACGAGAACUUCCCAGAACUCAAGGGCAAGAUUGCUGUUGGACAACCUGAAAAGACAGCACAGAAUGAAGCUGCCAAUGGUCCAGAAUACAACAAUAGUUUGACCGUAGCUUUGGGAGGAGUCGAGUUCCGAUCAUUGGAAACCACUAUUAUUGAUUCGGUGAAACAAAUCCUUGAGUCUGCAAAAUAA